CCAGGCUCGUUAAGUGGGAAGCCUGUGGGGCCUGCGGAAGACAGCGGCCCUGAGGCUGUCUCCACCGCCAGUUGGUGCCACCAAGCCUUCGGGAGGGAGUGGCCAUCCCCACUGGGGUUGGGAAAUGGAGACAGAGGUUACAGUGGGCAGCUGCAGCCCUGUAAGAACCACGGAGUUCCUUCAGUGGCAAAGACCAGAGCCCCAGGGCAGAGCCGAGCUGCCGUAGCCAUGGGACCUGCUCUCCUGGCCCUCUCCUUCCUGUGGACCAUGGCCUUGACUGAGGACACCUGUCCAGGUGAUUCUCUGACAUACCGCAACAACUACCCCUUCUCCACCAAAGACCAAGACAACGACCGAGAUGCUAAAAACUGUGCCGUGCACUAUCAGGGAGCCUGGUGGUAUGCCAGCUGUCACCUGUCACACCCGAAUGGUGUCUACCUCAGGGGGGCCCAUGACAGCUUUGCAAACGGCAUCAACUGGAAGUCGGGGAAAGGGAACAACUACAGCUACAAGGUGUCGGAGAUGAAGGUGCGGCCCACCUAGCCCGGCGCUGAGGUCAGAGGGUCUCUCCACACACCCUGGCUGGAGAAGCGCAUCCCUCAGCCCUCACCAAGAGGGCAAUGUGGGGAUCGUGGCC